AUGAAAAUAAUUCCAUUACGCCAACAAACACGAUUAGUAUCGAUUGAUGAAUUUGAUGAACGAACUCUCUUAUUUCCACUAGAAAAGGUGACUAAAUUUUCUAAACAUAUCAAACUUGUACUUGUUGAUUUACCAACAACUGACGAACAAUUAUUCGAUUAUAUUGAAGAAAAUUAUCCACGAAGAUUAGAUUCAAUGAAACGAUUACUUAAAAAUCUAGGUGUAUGUGUUUUUAUUUGUUGUGUUCUAUUUGUUACUGAUCUGAAACAAUUACAAACUAAAAUGGUCAUUAAAACACGUGAUAAUAACAAAUUUGUUCAACUCGGUGGCGAUACAAUAGUUCAUUUGACUACACUUUAUGGAUGUACACGAUCACUUGAAAUAUUAAAAGAUCAAUUUAUAUUUAUUUCGGACGAUUACUAUAAACUUUAUCGCAACGAAUUAUUUCUGACCGAUAAUGACAAAUAUAAAUUUGUUCAGUUUCUCAGAGAACUCAAUGUUAACGAUUUUCUACAAGUACACUUCAUUGAAUAUCCUUUUGCCAAUGUAUAUCAACUGGCCAACACAAAGUGGACAUAUCUUACUUCAAAAUUGAUUAAUUCGAUUGGUAGUGAUCAAGAACCAUUUGUGAUUAAGGAUUAUCAAUGCAAUGAAUCUGAUAAACUUGUUGCAUCGGCUGAUAUCGAUUUAUGUGCUCAAUUACUUGUCUCUCUUGAUCGUUUUCAUCGAUUUAUCUCAUCCUACUAUACGGCUUCUGUUGUUUUGUCUCAUGGUAGUGGUCAAUAUUCACCUGCACAAGGUGUCGAAUCUUCAUUUUGUCUCUCCGUCCGACAACAUGUUUGGAUACCUGUUGUUGGUAAUCAACUACUUAAACCUGCCGAGGUUUACUUUUUGCCACAAUCGAACAACAACAAUGUGCCAUCAUCAUCCUUCUUUUGUCGCUAUGUACCUCAUUUAGAUUCAGCUAAAGUACCAUUGAACGAUAAUGAUUUUAUUGACAAUAUACUCGUACUCAAAAAACAAGUACUGCCCAUGACUAUGUUCGAGCUGUUCAUGAAAUGGUCAUGCAGUCUUGAUAGUGAUACUUUAUGGCGACUUGUGAAUGCGAACAAUGACAACCCUUACAUAAUUCCAUGCACUCUUCUUCCAUUAUACGCUCGUGAACCCCAUCUCGAUACAAUCGACAAUCUUCGUCAUAUCUAUCACUUUCUUUUGUCUGACGUUGAAUGUCGUACACUUCUUGAGCGAUUUCGUUUAUGGCCACUUAUCUUUGUUCCAUGUGAUAAGAGUAAUGGUAGUUUUUUAUUUGCUCAUCAAGUCUUUUGGGAUGAUCCAACUUCAUUGUUAUCACAACGUACAACUCAACAACGUAUUCCUAUUCAAUCAUUUUAUGGUGACGAUAAUAAUGCACAAUUACAAUCAUUCUUUACUGAAAUCCUUCAUGUAGAGCUUCGACCGACACUUGACGAUUAUCUUCCAUUACUACUAAUGAUCGAUCAUUAUCAAGAAAACGUUACGUGGCGUCUUACUGAAGUAGUUGCACGAUUAACACUUGAACAAAAUAGACAAAUCGAAGUGAGAGAAAAAUGUGCCGAUAUUGCUUUUAUUCCUUGUUUGGGUAAUGAAAAGAAAAAUGUGAAAUAUAGUGAUCAACCAUUCUAUCCCCACUAUGACACAAUCAUUAACGAUCUUUUUUCGGAUAAAUUACGAAUUAUCAAAUUAUCAGAUGAUGUCAAAUUGCUAUCGCAAUUCGAACAUUGUUUUUGUUCUCUCUUUCAAAUUCAACGUCUGGUCGAUAUUAUUCAAGUACUUGUCAGUGUUGAUAAUGAACAACAAUCUGUUGAAUUACUUGAUUUCUAUGCUCAUUCUAUUGAUUUAAUUCAAUAUUUUCUAUGUUCAAAUUCACUCAUAUCCGAUACACGCUCACAACAACUUGGUCAUGUUUUUGCUCGAAUGAACUUUUUUUGUGUCGAUCAUAUUCAACUUUCUUAUCGAUAUCAAAUCAUUGAUAUAGCUCAUCGACCAUCACCUAUUCUAGAUGCUUAUAUCGAUGAAUUAUCGAGCAAAUUUUAUAUUUUGAAAAAAUUUGAAAAAUCAGAUUUGCGCUGUAUUCGUACAAUGGUCAAUUUUCUUAUACAAGACAAUAAUAAAAAUGGCCAAACGGCACGGUCUAAACUUUCAUCAUAUAUCGAAGGUUUAUUAUAUCAUUAUCAAAAUGAAGGCGAGCAAGGUCUGGCAAAACGACGAGAAUCUGUCGAACAUCAAUUCAAAUGGAUAAUUCCACAAGCGAUCGAAACUAAACAAUUUUUGACGACUCCAACGCACGAGCAAGAACAUCAGGUAGAAGAACCUAACGAGCCUGUGAUCAUUACAAUCGACAUGAUCGAGAAGUCGGGUUUGAAAAACAAGCCCGUUCGCAAGUUACCUAAAGCGCGACCUAAAGAGCCGGUGUCCACCCGUUCAAAGUGUCGUCUAGAACAUGAUGACGAAGAUGAACAUGUGAUGAACGACCUUGACCAAGGUGAAAAAGAUUUUGGCCGUCGAGGUGAGGAACUUGUUUUUCAAUAUCUUAAAUGGAAAUAUCCUGAUGAUAAUAUUAAAUGGCUUAAUGAUGAACAAGAAUAUUUUCUACCAUAUGAUAUUGAAAUUAUUCGAAAGAAUGAAAAGACAAAAGAACUAAUUGAGGUUAAAGCAACUCGUGUUUCUGAUCAACAUACAUUUCAAGUAUCUAUUCGUGAAAUUAAAUGGUUACGUGCUCAUCCAAAUACAUAUUAUAUUUAUCGAGUUUAUUAUGCAGAGAAUGAUCCAUUCUUAUCGACAAUUACAGUACUCAGCCGAGUGAAAUGGCAUUUACAACAGAAACAACUCUCGUUAUGUAUGAAAAUUACAGAGCAAACGACAAUCUCCGGUGAUUAA